CAUUAAGGUAGAUGUAGAAAAGGUAUGGAAGGUGCCGUUUAGUGGACGCGAUAGGAAGGCAGCCGGGCGCCAGUAGGGACUGCGUAAUUUAUGUAAAGCCAAAAACUUGGGCAGAGAAAGCCAAGUAAAAAAAGCGUGAAAUCGAGGCCCGGACAUUGUUGUUUUCAUCCACUACUCAUACAUAUAUAAUUUCAACAAGAUUUCAGAUCUGCUCGCUUCUUGUUACUGAUUCUUGGAUCGCUGUAAUUGGGUUUUGGGUUUCUGGGGAUUUUCUUGUUUUGAGUGUGGAUCGGUGUUUCUUAGUCGGCGCAGCAUACAUGAGUAUCAUUUCAAUGUGAGAUCUCCAUCCGGGCACUUCCAUUCUUUCAGUUUCCGCUCUCCCCCAAUUUUGUUGUGACGGGCGGAUCUGUUCGGUGGGUUCUUUUGCUCAAGUUGUUGGUGAUUGAUCAGCAAGAAGCUGUUGCUGUUUUUUCUGGGCUUAGUGAAGUAGCGGAUAGUUGAGGUGGGGUAUUAGAAUGGAGGGAGAGAAGAAAUCGUCGGCAGUUUCGGAUGUCGGUGCGUGGGCUAUGAAUGUCAUCAGUUCUGUCGGCAUCAUCAUGGCUAAUAAGCAACUCAUGUCCUCCGGUGGAUAUGCUUUCAGUUUUGCCACAACAUUGACUGGUUUCCAUUUUGCUGUCACUGCCCUUGUUGGCAUGAUAUCAAAUGCGACGGGCCUUUCCGCAGCAAAGCACGUGCCUUUUUGGGAACUUCUCUGGUUCUCAAUUGUAGCAAAUAUGUCUAUCGCAGGGAUGAAUUUCAGCCUCAUGUUGAAUUCAGUUGGAUUUUACCAAAUCUCAAAAUUGAGCAUGAUUCCGGUGGUCUGUGUAAUGGAAUGGAUCCUUCACAGUAAGAAGUACACGAAUGAAGUCAAAAUGUCUGUUGUGGUUGUGGUUAUAGGUGUUGGUGUUUGCACUGUGACGGACGUCAAAGUGAAUGCCAAAGGAUUUAUAUGUGCUUGUAUUGCAGUUCUCUCAACAUCUUUUCAGCAAAUUUCAAUAGGGUCCUUGCAGAAGAAGUACUCUAUUGGAUCGUUCGAAUUGUUGAGUAGAACUGCUCCUAUUCAAGCUGGAUCUCUCCUUGUGCUGGGUCCUAUAAUCGAUUAUUACCUUUCUGGAAAAUUGAUUUUAGACUACCAGUUUGGUAGUGGAGCCAUAUUAUUUAUUCUCCUAUCGUGCUCUCUUGCUGUGUUCUGCAAUGUGAGUCAGUACCUCUGCAUUGGACGUUUUUCAGCCGUUUCCUUCCAAGUUUUGGGUCACAUGAAAACAGUGUGUGUCCUUACGUUGGGAUGGCUGCUAUUUGAUUCCGAGCUGACAUUUAAGAACAUCAUGGGAAUGGUCGUCGCAGUUGUUGGCAUGAUAAUUUAUAGUUGGGCUGUGGAAGCCGAAAAACAGGGUAAUUCUAAGAUAAUACCCCACGCGAAGCACAGCUUGACAGAAGAGGAAUUCAGAUUAUUGAAGGAGGGAAUGGAAAUAACCGUGCUCAAGGAUGCUGAGCUUGGUGAAUCAAAGGCGUAGUUAUCAAUCUUUCGUCCUGAUUUUGGGUUCUAGCACCACCGUCUGUGUAGUCUAUAGUGUUAUCCUAUUUAUUUCGACUCAGCAAGAUAUCGUCGAUUUGUUGACCCACAAAUUCAUUCGGAACUUAGAGUUUAGGGAAGCUGAAU